AUGGCGGCGGCUGCGGCUCUUCCGACCUUCCCCAGACUGGUCUUCACCGUCUUCGAGCCCAUCUCACUCGUCGGCGGUUUCCUAGGCGCCGUUAUCAACCCGGAUUGGUUCAUAUCCGAGCAGAUCGUGCAGGGCGCCAUCUCGGCCGCCGUGCCAGCUCCGGAAUCUGAUAAUGCCCGUCUCGUGGCCCUCCAGCUCGGAAACAUCUACCUGCUCAUGGCCAUGGUUGGGCUAGCCGUGCUCAACCUCACCAACGAGCUGAAAGUCGUGCGCGGCUACCUCGUUGCUCUUUGGAUAGCCGACCUUGGUCACAUUUACGUAUGCUACCACGUUAUGGGCCUCGACCGCUUCCUCGACGUGGCGAGCUGGAACUCCAUGGCCUGGGGUAACGUGGGAGUCACGGCCCUUCUCUGCCUGACCAGGACGGCUUACCUUUUAGGCCUCUUCGGAAAGGAUGCUCCUCUCAAGAACUUGGAAAAGAAGCAGCAAUGA